AUGAAAAUGAAUUAUAAUUCAAAGUAUCAUGAAGUACCAAUAAAUUUGAUGAACAACCAAAAUGGCAGAACUUUUUUUAAAAAUUAUAGCUAUCAAAAUAUGAGCAGAAUAGAAGAUGGAAAAAAAAUUGAAAAAAAAAAAAAAUUAUUUUCAGUAAAAUUUAGUGGAUAUAAAAAGUUAAAAUUUUUUAAAAUAUGUAAAUUAUAUAUUAAACAGACAAAAAGACACCGAAUAUUAAUUAACAUAUUUAUAUUUUGUUUAUUUUUAUUAAUACAAUAUGUAUGUUACAAUAAAAUAAAUAAUAUUAAAACGAAUUUUUUGAUUGGCUUAAUUCUAUACAGUUUAUAUUUUUUAUUAUUUUCUCUUUAUAUGUUUAGUACAAUAAUGAAUACUGGAGAUAGCUCUUAUGAAAUUAUCAAAGAUAGUGACAACAUGUCUAAAAAAAAUAAUUUAAAAGAAAUGCAUUUACAAUGUUAUCCUGAAAAUGUUUUAUAUAAACCAUAUGAAAAUUGUUACAUAAAAAUGAGUCAUGAAAAUAGUAACAUAAAUUAUAACGAUGCUAAGAAUGCUUGUAAAUAUGAGUACUCAGGAAAUGACAAUAACCGGAUUGGUGAACCUGAUGAGGGAUAUGAAAUUAUUUCCCUUGAAAGUAUAGGUAAGCCAAUAAAGGAAGGUGCAGAAGGAUUUUUUACUGUUCAAUAUAAUUAUAUUUUUAAAGUAUCCAUUUUUUUUACAAUAUUAAUUUUAUUACUUCAUAUAAUUAGGGGGAAUGAUAUGAAAUUUGCUCAGGAGUUUGGGAAUACCCCAAAUAGUUCCUCUCUAGAAACCUGCAUUUUAAAUAAUAAAAAUAUAUGUUAUGUUGUCAUAUCACCACUAGCAUAUGGGGUCAUAACUUGUGCAUCAUUUUUAUUAGGCGCUUUUUGUAGCUCUUUAGCAGCUUAUAGUGGAAUUUAUGUAUCAGUAAGAGCUAACAUGAAAGUAUCGAGAGCAGCUACAUAUUCGUACAACAAAACUUUAGUAACAUGUUUUAAAAGUGGAGCAGUUAGUGCUAUUGUAAAUAUAUCUUUAGUAAUAUUUGGCAUUUCAUUAUUAAUGUUAAUAGUAAAUAUAUUAUACCCAACUAUAUCUUUUACAAAAUAUCCUACAAUGAUUGUUGGAUAUGGUUUUGGAGCAUCACUAGUAGCAAUGCUUUAUCAGCUAGCUGGUGGGAUAUAUACAAAGGCUGCAGAUAUUGGUGCUGACUUGGUAGGGAAAAUUGAAAAAAACAUUCCAGAAGAUGAUGCAAGAAAUCCAGCAGUUAUAGCUGAUUUAGUUGGAGAUAAUGUUGGUGAUUGUGCAGGUCAAUGUGCUGAUUUAUUUGAGUCGAUAUCCGCUGAAAUUAUUGCGUCUAUGAUAUUAGGGGGUGCAUUAUGUGAAAAUAAUAUAAUAUCAGAUCCGGUUUGUAGUUAUUUUGUUUUAUUCCCCUUAUUUAUACAUUCAAUGGAUUUAUUUAUAUCAACAAUAGGCUCCUAUUUAGUUUACACAAAAAAGGAUAAUUUAUUAUUAGGAGGUAGCCAAAAAAGUUUUGAAAAACAUGAAAUACGUUCAGAAAAUUUAGAAGACCCAUUAAAAAUUAUGUUAAAGGCAUAUUUUAUAAUUUGUGGUUUUUCUAUUUUUGGAUUUUCUUUGUUAUGUAAAUUUUUAUUUAGCACUGUUGAUAAUGUUACAAAUGCUGAAGAUGAAACUUAUAAUAUAACAAAAGGAAAUGCAUGGAUUUAUUUUUCAUUUUGUGGAAUUAUUGGAAUGAUUUGUUCAUAUUUAUUUGUCAUAUCUACACGAUAUUAUACAGAUUCAUCUUAUUCAAAAGUUAAAAAAAUAGCACAUGCAUCUUUAAGUGGUCCAGCUACAAAUAUAAUAGCUGGUUUAUAUGUUGGGCUUGAAUCAACAUUUUUUCCAAUUAUAAUUAUAUGCAUAUCAUUAUUAUUUUCAUAUUAUUUAGGAAUACAAAGUAAUAUAAAAAAAGGGGAUGAUGUAAUAAAUGGAUUAUAUGGUACAUCUAUUGCAACAAUGGGAAUGUUAUCAACAUCUGUUUUCAUAUUAAGUAUGUCUAACUUUGGGCCAAUAGCUGAUAAUGCAGGAGGAAUUGCACAAAUGUCUAAACAACCUGAAUAUGUACGUAGAAUAACAGAUAAAUUAGAUGUCGUUGGAAAUGUAACAAAAGCCAAUACAAAGGGAUAUAGCGUAGGUUCUGCUGCACUUGCCUGCUUCUUAUUAUUUUCAGCAUUUCUUAGUGAAGUAUCAGAUAUAUCAGGAACAGCAUUUGCAACUGUGGAUAUUGCAUUACCAGAAGUAUUUAUAGGAGGGAUUUUGGGUUCCGCAAUUGUUUUUUUAUUUGCUGGAUGGUCUUUAGAUGCAGUUGGAAAUACAGCAGAAGAAGUUUUAAAAGAAGUUCGAAGACAAUUUAAUGAACAUCCAGGAAUUUUAACAUAUAAAGAAAAACCAGAUUAUCAUAAAUGUGUAUAUAUAAUAAGUAAAAGAGCAUUGAAAGAAACAUUUAAACCUGGACUUUUAGGUAUUUUAGCUCCUAUAAUUAUAGGUAUUUUAUUUAAAUUUAUAGGAAAUUUACAAAACAAUAAAUUAUUAGGAGCACAAGUUAUGGCUUCCUUUAUAAUGUUUUCAACAUCUACUGGUAUACUUAUGGCUUUAUUUCUAAAUAAUGCUGGUGGAGCUUGGGAUAAUGCAAAGAAAUAUAUAGAAACCGGUAUGUAUGGCGGGAAAAAUAGCCCAGCUCAUAUUUCUAGUGUUAUAGGAGAUACAGUUGGUGAUCCAUGUAAAGAUACUGCUGGGCCGUCUAUACAUGUUCUUAUAAAACUCAUCUCAACAAUAACCAUGGUGAUAACUCCUCUAAUUGCUUCAAGCGCAAGCAAAUGA